ACAUACAUCACCAGCUCGGGUGAUCACCAGUGUAUUUAGCGGUGCAUGAUUUUCUUAUUUUGAUACCUGGAUAAUAUUCACUAUUAAAGAAUAAUUUAGCUAUCAACAUGAACGCGCCACCAACUUUCGAGUCAUUUCUUUUGUAUGAUGGAGAGAAGAAAAUCAUCAAGGAACAAGAUUCGAAAGUACCCAAUGCUGCAAUAUUUACAGUCAAUAAAGAAGAUCACACCCUGGGAAACAUGAUUCGAAAUCAGUUGUUGAAGGAUCCUCAAGUUUUGUUUGCUGGGUACAAGUUGCCUCACCCUUUGGAGCAUAAAUUUGUGAUCCGUAUUCAAACAACAUCCGAUUAUACGCCUCAUGAAGCAUUUAUGCAUGCCAUAACUGACCUCAUUGCAGAGCUUUCACUGUUUGAAGAACGUUUCAAGGAAGCUAUAAAAGAAAAGAAGGAUGGUUUGGACUAAAUAAAUCUACAGGAUUAUCUUCAUUCCUUUCUUAUUAUAGAAAUAAUAUGUAUAAUUUAUUUUGUUACUACAUUUCAAUAGGUGAAUAAUAAAUAAUAAUAAUAAAUAAAAUUUUU